AUGGAGGUGCUUUCUCGCAUGUUGAAUAGCCCACCUCAGAAUUUUCAAUUCCACCAGUUUUGUGAGAAGGUCAGAUUAACUCAUCUUACUUUUGUAGAUGACCUGAUGAUCUUUUGUACUGCUGAUAAUCAUUCUAUUAGUUUCAUAAAAGAGACUAUUAAGAGGUUUGGUGAGCUUUCAGGACUGUUUGCUAAUCUUGCUAAAAGCUCAAAUUUUCUUGUGGGGGUUAAUAGUUCGAAAGCUUCUUGGCUUGCUCCUAACAUGGAUUUUUCCAUUGGUCAUCUCCCUGUUCGUUAUCUUGGGCUUCCUCUCCUCUCUGGAAGAUUGCGGAGCUCUGAUUGUGAUCCCCUUAUUCAGCGUAUUACCAGUCAUAUUCGGUCUUGGUCUGCUAGAGUGUUAUCUUUUGCAGGUAAGGAGGAGGGAAGAGGUGGUGCUAAAGUUGCCUGGGAUGAGGUUUGUCUUCCUUUUGAUGAAGGAGGUCUUGAUAUUCGCGAUGGAUCUUCUUGGAAUAUAGCAAGCACGUUGAAGAUAUUAUGGUUGCUACUUGUUAAAUCUGGUAGUUUGUGGGUUGCUUGGGUGGAAUCUUAUAUCUUAAAGGGAGAUCGCUGUGGAGAUCAAUGCUGGGGUGGGUCGAUCUUGGAGCGAAAUCAUCGUCUUCAUGGAGGUGCUGUUCGAGAGCUUAUGGUUGUAUUCCAGCUCAUUCGGUCGUGUAUUAAAGCGCGUGCUGCUUCUUGGUCGGAUGGUGUUCAUGGUCUUAUUUAA